AAUCUUUCCCACCCAUUUCCGUCACUCUUACCUGGAGACCAAACAUGGGUUUCCUCUGUCUCAUCCUCACCGUCUCCACUCUCUUCCUCCCUCCAAUUCUCUCCGAACCCACCGCGGAGCUGGGCAUUCUCCUGGCCAUCAAAGCCUCUCUCGACCCACAAGGCCGCCGCCUAUCCUCCUGGUCGGCCGCCGGCGACCCUUGCGACGGCUCCUUCGAGGGCGUUGCCUGCGACGAGCGAGGCCGCGUGGUCAACAUCUCGCUGCAGGGCAAAGGCCUCGCCGGAGAAUUGCCGCCGGAGAUUGGCCUGCUAGAGAGACUGUCGGGAUUGUACUUGCAUUUCAAUAAGCUCCAUGGAGUGUUGCCCAAGGAAAUUGCGAAUCUCAGUCGACUCGCUGAUUUGUAUCUCAAUGUGAAUAAUCUUUCUGGGGAAAUUCUUCCCCAUUUGGGAAACAUGUCCAAUCUCCAAGUUUUGCAACUAUGUUGCAAUAAGUUGACUGGAAGCCUACCUACUGAGCUGGGUUCUCUGGAGAAGCUCAGUGUUCUUGCCUUGCAGUACAAUCAAUUAACCGGUGCAAUUCCUGCUAGUUUGGGGGAUUUGAGGAUGUUACAAAGGAUGGAUUUGAGCUUUAACCGCCUCUUUGGUUCUAUCCCAGUAAAGUUAGAUAACCUACCCAUGCUAGAAGUUCUGGACAUCCGAAACAAUACUCUAUCCGGCAGAGUCCCUAAAGCUUUAAAGAGAUUAAAGACGUUUCUAUAUGCAAACAACAUGGGCUUGUGUGGAGUUGGAUUCGCUUCUUUAGAAAGUUGCAGUGCUUCUGAUGGUCCAAAUCCCAACAGACCUGAACCAUUUGGGCCUGUCCCAAGCAGUCUUCCCAAAAGAGAUAUUCCAGUAUCAGCAAAUUGCAAGCAAGCCCCUUGUUCAAAUGAGGUGAGUAGGCCAUCAAAUGUUGUGAUAUUGGGAGCAAUUGCAGCUUUAGUUAUACUGGUAGUUACUGGGCUUCUCACAUUCAUAUGGUACCGGCGCCAAAAGCAGAAAAUUGCUAGUACAUCUGAGACUACUUCCAAUGGUCAACUUAGCACUGACCAGGCCAAAAGGGUUUACAGGAAGACUGGAUCUCCACUGAUCUCUCUUGAUUAUGCCAAUGGUUGGGACCCGUUGGAUAAAGGUUGGAGCGGAACUGGGUUGUCUCAAGAAGUUUUUGGAAGCUUUCUGUUUAAUAUAGAAGAUAUAGAGUCCGCCACUCAACACUUCUCCGAGGUAAACCUGUUGGGAAAGAGUCGUUUCUCAACCACCUAUAAGGGGAUUUUGAGGGAUCGUUCUGCUGUUGCUAUUAAGUGUAUUGCAAAGAGCAGCUGUAAGUCUGAUGAAGCCGAGUUCGUAAAGGGAUUGAAGAUCCUUAUCUCCUUGGAACAUGAAAAUCUUCUCAGAUUGAGAGGCUUUUGCUGUUCAAAGGACAGGGGAGAGUGUUUUCUCAUCUAUGAUUUUGUCCCAGACGGGAACUUGUUGCAGUUCCUUGAUUUGAAGCCUGGCAGUGGGAAAGUUCUUGAAUGGUCUCCCAGAAAAUCCAUCAUUCAUGGCAUCGCCAAAGGUAUAGGAUACCUGCAUGCAAACAAAGAAGAUAAACCUGCUAUCGUUCACCAAAAUAUAUCUGCUGAGAAGGUGCUCAUCGACCUCCACCAUAACCCAUUCCUCUCUGAUGCUGCCCUACACAACCUCCUUGCCGACGACAUCAUCUUCGCCGCUCUCAAGGAUAGCGCAGCAAUGGGAUACCUGGCCCCCGAGUACACCAGCACUGGCCGGUUCACUGAAAACAGUGAUGUGUACGCAUUUGGCGUCGUUAUGUUCCAAAUCCUUUCCGGAAGAUGCAAGAUUUCCCGGUUGACUCGUCGAGGUGCUGAUUCCUGCAAAUUCGAAGACUUCAUGGACGCGAAUCUUAAUGGAAGCUUCUCAGAAUCUGAAGCAGCUAAGCUGGGGAAGAUUGCGUUUGCUUGCACCCAUGAAUCUCCUUCCCGAAGGCCAGCCAUGGAAUUCAUAUUGCAGGAACUAAGUUCGUUCUGAAUUGUCUCAUAUUUGAAGGAGAGGAGGUAAGAGAAGGCUCCCAAAGCUCCAACUUUUUCAAGCUGCCAUUCACAUUCUUAAAUGCUUGUCAUUCUGUUGAGGGCUGAGGUUAAUUAUUCUGUUUAUGGCAGUUUGUGUACAUGAAGAUAGUUUUGCUUUGGUGAGAUUUGCCGUUUGAAGGAGUUUUUUCCUUGGAAUAAUAAUGAUCCUAUUAGAAUUUUCAUGUUGUUAAUAUUGCAGAGAUAAAAAGAGAAAAU